GGAAGCUUUACACGAGCUGCUGGAACCAACAACGUUGCAACAGGAAGAGAGAGGCAGACUGGCAAACUUUGCUCUGGUUGAUUUCACAAGUUAACUAAAGUCUCUUUCAGGCAGUAUUUAGGCAGUUUGUUGGUUAUCUUCAGAGGCCCUCACUUGAGAUGACGCUCCAAUGGACUGCUGUAGCCCUCUUUCUCUAUGUGGAGAUCGGCAUUCUUGUCAUUCUCUGUUUACCCUUCAUCUCAGCCAGGAGGUGGCAGAGUAUUUUCCAAUUGAGGAUCUGGAGCUGUCUGGCGAGGUUCUGGAACAAAAUGUUUCUCACUAUGAUCAUUGUACUUAUUGUUCUCUUCCUUGAUGCUGUGCGUGAGGUGAGAAAAUAUUCAGCUAAAGAACUUGGCACAGAUGCCAAGCUGCAGCCGAACAUGUUUGAUCACCUGCACAUGAAGCUUUUCAGAGCCCAGAGGAACCUCUACAUUUCUGGCUUCGCUGUCUUCCUCUGGUUGGUUAUGAAGCGAGUGGUCACCUUGAUUAACCAACUGGCAUCAGUGUCUGGCAUUACGGCUGCUCUUCAGGCGCAGGCUGACAGUGCUAACCAGGCCGCCAAGAAAUACAUGGAAAACAAUGAGAUGCUGAAACAGACUUUAAUGGAAGGGAAGGGUGAAAAAGCUACAGCAGAGGGCAUGGAGCUGUUGAGGAAAGAAGUGAGGAAACUGAAAGAAGAACUGAAGACCUCAGCAGAUGCCCUGAAGAACUCCCAGUUAGAGGCAGAUGUAAUGAAGAAGCAGAUGGAGGGCCUUGCAAGGGAGUACGACAGACUGUUGAAAGAACAUCAAGAGCUCCAGAAUCUUCAAGACAGUGGAAACAAAAAGAAGGACUAGUUGUCGUAAAAUCCUGAAAGGUCGAAGUGUUUACACAGCAACCUGGCCCCAUCAUUAGAAAGCCACUGGAACACAUGCUUUACCUUCACAUAACGCCUUGCAUCACAGCGCAUGUCACAAAACCAGGAGGUACAGAGUUUGAGUGAUAUCAGUCAUGGUUUUAAUGCAUGCAGGUGAAUUUUUAUUAGGGCACCAGACUGGUUUAAAUGGAGCAAGUAAUAUUAAACAUUUUUCUGCUUCUGCCUAGCACAGUAUGACAAAGAGGAUUGCUUUUUUAAGUGCACACUCUAUCAGGCAGAUGAAUUGUGCAAGGUAAUUGGAGAGAAUUCAGUCAGUAAUCAACCCAGGUCGGAUCACAGUGCACUUAAUAUGUUAAAGAAAUAUACAACAAGGACAGGUGUUUAAUGAUUUUGCGUCAUUUGUUUUUGCCAGGUGCACAGCGUAGAGCGCAAGACUCUUAGAGCACUCUCUGUGGUGUGCACAACUUUGAAUGUAUUUUGAUACAAAGGGUUUGUUUCUUUAUUGCUGUAUGUAGCAGGAAUACCUGCUUCACCCACUUUGAGCUUGUCAGCGGUAUGUAAAUUCACUCUGUGCUUGCAUGACUGUGCAAAUACAGUUUGCAUGUACAGUUACAGUUAGACAAAUCUUCCUAACAGGUUUUUUUUUGUAUUCCAGCUGAUGAGUUUUUUAAACUUAGGAUGUAGUGGUGAAUGAUAGUGGUUGAAGGUUUCCACCAUCCAGCGCUUUUCUUUUGUUUUCCACCUUACUUUGAACAAGAAAAUGUAUAUGCAAAUCUGAUAUAAUGUAUCUGUGGAUAUAAAUAACACACAAUAUCUGUAGGGAUAGAAAAAUGGAUUUAACCACUUAUGAUCUUACUUAAGCUUUAAAAUGAAAAAUAUUCAAUCUGGGUCAAAAACAGAAGUUAAAAUAUAUAGUGUAUGUUUCUGAGCCAUAGGAGGUCCAGAUUGUUGUAUAUUUCAAGUAUUCAUUCAUUUUGGGUUAGUGUGAGAGUUGGACUGUACUCAUCAUGAAAAGGGCCUGUAUGUUUUUUCUUAUAUUUCCGGUAUCCAGACAGAGCCUUGUCAGUGUGAAAGAGCAGCUUAGAUUGUAAUCAUCAGAUGUGUCAAAUUUCCCCAAUUUAUUUUAUGAUAAAUAAAUGGCUUAUUGGGUUUACCAGAUACUUUCCAGGUUAUAAAAUUGUAAAAAUACCUUCAAGUUAUGGUCGGACAUUAAAAAGUCCCUUAAAGUGCCUUUAAGUGGAUAUAGUACAUUUUGUUUAAUAAAGAUACCAUUCUUUA